ACGUAGCGCGGGGCCGAGGACCAGGUUCCCUCCGCCGAGCCCACACACACACACACACACAAACAAACAACAACAACAACAGCCUCCCGCAGUGUGGACUACACAACCCCCGGGGCUCGUCCAUGCACGUCCGCGACCGUGAGAGGAGCGUGCAUGAGUGCAGACCCGAAUCUGUGCAGCUGUGAUUGCACGAGCGCAGGAGGCAGGUCGGUGGAGGUAAUGGACUGUAAAUGGCUCUUCAAGCAAGACACAAAGGUCCUUAUAGCCGUUCCAUGUCUGGCUUUCAGCUUGUCUUUACCUGCUCUGCAGUUUGAAGACACUGGUACCAAGCAGAGCUGCAGUCCUCACAGACACUGAAUCUGGACCCGGUCUACAUCUCGCAUAACUGCAGAGGAAUUUAACUCCAAAUGUUUGGCAUCAAAGACACUGAGGCUUUGAUUUUGCUGUCAGAUUUUUUUGAGCGUACAAAACAAAACUUGGAACAGAUUGUAUGUCUUUCCAACAGCGUUCCCUACCUUGGACAGCAUGGAUGCUCUCUUUGAAUCAGGUUGACUGUCUCUCACCUCAGCCCCUCCUUCCUGUCUCCUUAGCAGAAGGAAGGUGGGGGAUUGGUGCGGCGUCCCCUGCCUCUCCUUAUAGAAUACGCUAGUCUAACAAGGCACCAUAGCAGUAAUUUCCCCCAAUUUCUAUCACUCUUCAUGAAAUCCUGCCAGAGCCUCAAGGAAGAGGUUUCCGUCCCUAGCCUUGGCGGGAUGUCACAGGAGGAAGGACGCAGGGCGCAAGUGUCCCAGUCCUAUUUUCACUCCCCUAACCCAGAUCUGGACCUGACGGGCAAGCUGUACAAGAGAGAGGUUGGUGGCAAGCCUUAUUCUGUGUUAGUGGACAAUAAAAUGGCGGCCAAGUCAUCCAUGGGAGAUCAGAACAUUGGUCACUUGCCCACACAACAUGUGACCCCUCAGCAGCAUCAGCAGUAUUUCAGAGAGGGAGGAGCAGUGCAGGAGGCAGAGAUGCAGGCUGGCAACAACGGCACGUCUGAUGACACUGAAGAUGACGACGAGGAUGAGGAAGAAGAGGGGGAGGAUGAGGACGGUGAAGAGGAGGCCUUUAAACGUGAGCAGAUCAUUGUUGAGGUUAACUUGAACAACCAGACUCUUCAUGUUUCCAAGGGUGACAACAAAGCUGGAACCACACCAGAUAACUCUGAGAGAGCUGGCAGUGACGAUGAUGAUGACGAGGAGGAGGAGGAAGAUGAAGAAGAGGACGAGGAAAGCCCUGAUGAAGAAGAGGAGGACGAUGAGGAGGAUGAGAUAGAAAGCCGGAGAACAAGGUCAAAGAGGGCCCGUCGUGGUGCCAGUAGCUCAGCAGCUCCCAGCAAGCCACAGAGGAAAAGCCUCAGAACAGCUCUGAGCACCGCCACUGGUGGAAUGACCACCAGGGGGCGUCGGAAGCGCAUGGAGCCUUCGAAGGGCAUGCGAAGGUCAGCCAGGUCAGCCCCAUCGUCUGCAGGUUCCACAACCACAACAACCGGAGGGAAAGCAGAGGUGGAGGAGAAGGAGAUGCUGGCGUGUGAAAAGUGCCCUCGUGUAUUCAAUACGCGCUGGUACUUGGAGAAGCACAUGAACGUCACGCACAGGCGAAUGCAGAUUUGUGACAAGUGUGGCAAAAAGUUUGUGCUGGAGAGUGAGCUGGCCUUACAUCAGCAGACUGACUGUGAGAAGAACAUCCAGUGCGUCUCCUGCAACAAGUCUUUCAAGAAGCUGUGGUCACUGCAUGAGCACAUAAAGAUUGUCCACGGUUAUGCAGAGAAGAAGUUCUCAUGUGAAAUCUGUGAGAAGAAGUUCUACACGAUGGCUCAUGUCCGUAAGCACAUGGUUGCUCACACUAAGGACAUGCCCUUCACCUGUGAGACAUGUGGGAAAUCGUUUAAACGCAGCAUGUCCUUAAAAGUUCACUCCCUCCAGCAUUCUGGAGAGAAACCCUUCCGUUGUGAGAACUGUGACGAGCGGUUCCAGUACAAGUACCAGCUGCGCUCCCACAUGAGCAUUCACAUCGGACACAAGCAGUUCAUGUGCCAGUGGUGUGGCAAGGACUUUAACAUGAAACAGUAUUUUGAUGAGCACAUGAAAACCCACACAGGAGAGAAGCCUUUCAUCUGUGAGAUCUGUGGAAAGAGCUUCACCAGUCGGCCCAACAUGAAGCGUCACCGCCGCACCCACACAGGAGAGAAGCCCUACCCCUGCGAGGUGUGCGGCCAGCGCUUCCGCUUCUCCAACAUGCUCAAAGCACACAAAGAGAAGUGUUUCCGGGUCACCAGCCCUGUGGUUCUGCAGACCAGCGGCCCGCCCUUGCCGGUCCGCAUCUUCACCAACACCUUCUCCUCCUCUUCCUCCACCUCUGGCUCCGGCCCAUCAGCUGCCAGCUCGGCCCCCCCCUCAGCUCCCCUGGGCCUCAGCCCGACGGGAGGGUCCAUGCCUCUGCGAGCCCCUGUGGGACACACAUUCUCCCAUGUGCAGCUUCACUCAGCCCCUUCUCACCAUCACCCCCCAACAACCCAGCAACAUCUCUCAAACACACCCCAACACGCCCCACCUCACCCCCACCACCACCUGGUCGUGCCCCCAGUCUCCCACCUCCCCCCACCCCCUGCCCUAUUCAAGAGUGAGCCCUUAAACCACUGUGGGCAUGAAGACAGCAGCUACCUGCACCACAUGGCUCAUCCAGACAAGGGUCCUGGGGCCCCACAGCACCACUGAACUGUGCUCCGGCACUGUGGGGCCACACCAGACCACGCCUUGUUUCUCUUGUUUCAUAGUCCUGCCUCAGCCCCUCUGAUGCAAGGCUGUUAAUUUAAGGGUAUUCCUCUCAAAUAGAGUUAGAUAAGUUAAGCUAAACAUGCACACGUGAAAGAUCCAGACUUAUACACCAUCAGUUCACGCAUUAUAUAAAUCAUGACCCCUACUUAAAAACCCUGGUCAACUGAUAAGAUUUUACAAACUUUUUUUGUUUUCUUGGAAGAUUUUCUAAGGAAAUCUAACGAUUCCUGUACGAGUUCUCUGCUUGUACAUUGAUGAGUGUAAAGUAUCUCCCUUUCAACAUAAGCUGCUGAUGGAAGUCAACAUAAGAAUUACCUGGGCUUCUUAAAUCUUCAAGAAUAAGUGUCACUGAGCUCUCAUCUUAAUGUUGAUGACUUAUGGUUGCACAUUGGCUUUCUGUGCAGGUCUGCCCCACAGCAAUACUCAACCUGUCCUCCGAGUUGUACUGCAGAGGCUCGGGCGUCACGUAAACGUUAAAUGAAUGUUGUAACUGGUUCUACCUGAGUCCUUCUCUGCCCUAAGUCAGAGGCUGAGGCUUUCUGUCCUUGGGCCACCGAAGUAGUGCGAGAUGCAGUAGGGGGAGG